AUGGAUUCAGUUGCGAAAAUGGUGGAAUCCAUGCUGGAAGGCGAGGACGAGGCGGAGGAGGUAGACAAGGGACUCGUGCCGUACGUCCAGGUCCUGCAACGAUGGAAAGUUUGGCGGGACAACGUCCCGAUCUUCUAUUCGACAUGCGUGCUGUUCACAACCCCAUGGCCAAGCCACACGGUGCAGCUAUACCCGCACGUCCGCCGGGAGCGCGACGCGGACGGCCUGCUGCGGCAUGCCGUACUGUACGGCAACCGUCGGGACUCCGACGACAUGCCGGUUGUGGUACUGGCAACGGUCUUGGUGGACGAUAAUCCGGGUCAUCUUAAGCAGCCCUUGAGCCUGCCGACGAUGAUGCCGUACACUGAGCCUGUUGAAGAAAUUUGCAGUUUUCCCCAUCCCCCUGGCCACGUCGACCGGGUGAGAUGCAGUCCCCCCGCGAGACCGAACCUGGUGGCGGUCAAAUGCGACGGAACCGCGCUGAGCUUGUACGACAUAGGGCCCGCGCUGGCGCGGAUUCGUGCCGGUGACGUGGAGGGAGCCGCGGCGGGCGAUGAUGGUGACGAUGAUGUGGAUGGAGAGGGAGGAGGAGGGGAAGACGGCGGCGAUGGGGGAUGCGGGGGGAGAGGCAACGGGGCGCGGCGGACCGGAGAGCGCGGGAGGGUUGGAAUAGAGGGGAGUGGCGGCGACGGCGAUGACGGCGGCGACGGUGACGGCCUGGUCAGCGUACUGGACUCGGAGGUACAGGAGGGCGUGUCCCUCACAUGGGCGGACUCCGGAGCUGGCGGCGGCGGCGGCGGCGGCGGUCUGAGGCUCUUCAGCGGCUUGCGGGAGGCUGUGGCGGCGCCAGCUAUGCUGGCAUCGGCUGGUACCGAUGGUCGUACACUGCUUUGGGAUCCACGUCAGCGCCAGCCCGCGCUGCAGGCGCCUAGAUGCCGACGGGACGUCAACGCCGUCGCCUUCGCACCCGCCGCCGCUGCAGCAGCGGGCGCAGGCCCGCUGCUCGCCAACGCCGGGGACGAAGGCAUCAUCCGAGUGUACGAUAUCCGUAUGCUCGGCGGCGGCGGCGGCGGCGGUAGCGCCGCCGGGCCUACGGCGGUGCCAGCGCCGUUGCAUCGCCUCACUGGCCACAACUGCCAAGUACAGCAACUGUCGUUCAGCCCUCACCUCGCGCAGCUGCUGGCGGCGGCAGACGAGCAAGGCCGGGUGUUGCUGUGGGAGCUGGGCCGGGUCGCCCAUUCUGAAGAGGGGCUCGCCACGCGGCCAGAGCUGCUUUUCGCGCACGCCGGGCACGCGCUGCCGGUCGAUGACAUCAGCUGGAGUACGGAACUGUACGGCACGCUGGCCUCAGUGUCGGGUUUCAUUGACCCGGCGGUGGUGGCGGCGGCGCGGUCGUAUCCGGGCGCGGAGUCCGAUUUGCCGCAGCCGCCGGCGGGUGUACAGGUCUGGCGGCCAGCUGGAGAUGUACUGCCUCCGCCGCCGUCGAAGACGCCGACGGCGGCGAAGGCGAAGGCGGUACGGCCGAAGGCACCGGCCGUCCCCAACCGUAACGGCCCCUAA